UUUUUUUUUUUGCGAGGAAACCGUAUUGUGCGUGGGUUGGUUUUUUUUGUUUGUUUGUUUUUUUUUUCCUCCUCUUCUGUCGUGGCCGGCCGAGGGACUAAGCGGAGAUCAAUGAAGGAAAGAAGAGCGAGCCAGAAGUUAUCGAGCAAGGCGGUGAUGGAUCCCAACCAGAACGUGAAGUGCAAGAUCGUGGUGGUGGGGGACAGCCAGUGCGGGAAGACCGCGCUGCUCCACGUCUUCGCCAAGGACUGCUUCCCCGAGAGCUACGUCCCCACGAGCUUCGAGAUCGACACGCAGCGCAUCGAGCUCAGCCUCUGGGACACCUCGGGGUCUCCUUAUUAUGACAACGUCCGUCCCCUCUCCUACCCAGAUUCUGAUGCUGUCCUCAUCUGCUUUGACAUCAGUAGGCCAGAAACUCUCGACAGUGUCCUAAAAAAGUGGAAAGGUGAAAUCCAGGAGUUUUGCCCCAACACCAAGAUGCUCUUGGUGGGCUGCAAGUCGGAUCUGCGCACGGACGUCACCACGCUGGUGGAGCUCUCCAACCACAGGCAGACCCCCGUGUCCUACGACCAGGGUGCAAAUAUGGCCAAGCAGAUUGGAGCAGCCACGUACAUCGAAUGCUCAGCCUUACAGUCAGAAAACAGCGUCAGAGACAUUUUUCACGUCGCCACCUUGGCUUGUGUGAACAAAACAAACAAAAACGUGAAACGAAACAAAUCGCAGAGGGCGACAAAGCGAAUCUCACACAUGCCCGGCAGGCCAGAACUGUCCACAGUGGCCACAGACUUGAGAAAGGACAAAGCAAAGAGUUGCACAGUGAUGUGAAGGACCUUUGGAUUUUCCCUGGAGGAGGAGGAGAACGUCCAGGAGGGGGUUGGAGGCUCGAUGAAGUACAAAAGCCGCGUGGUGUUUUAAUGAGGGGCUUUAAUGGAGACUUCGCCUGGUGGGUGAGACUGUGCUUAGAAGAAAAAAAAAAAAGGCUCUUGAGGUGGCAUCAGGAAAUGACACGUUGAAGAAAAUGCCAAAAAAAGCAAAAGAAUAAAAGG